GGACAGUCAAUGCCUUCACCUCCGUGAUCGACAACAGUUCAAGGUACUGCGUUCAAGCGCGAGCCACGGUGAGCACCACGUGCCGGGCGGCGGGGCUCUGGAGCUCAUGGAGCCCACCCUUCUGCGUGGGAAGCGACGCGCAGAAGCCCUCGUCCAAGCAGCUUCUCAUGGCGCUGCCGGCAGCCGUCUGCUUCGCCUUGUUGGUUUGCUCACUUGUCUGCAGGGGAUGCCACCUGUGGACCAGGCUGUUCCCGCCGGUGCCCACGCCGAGCAGCAACUUGGGAGACCUGCUUGCCAUGAGCUACGAGAAAGCCGGGUCCCAGGACACGGAAACCGUGGUCAUCAGUUACGUGGACGAGCCUGCAGCCGAGACGCUGGAACACACCGAGUUCUGACGUCACCGGGGCCUUCUCGGGGCAGCUCACACGCGGCUCAGAGACCAGAGCAGCCGCACCCCCGAGCACGUCCGCCUCCGGUCAGCCCACGCAGCACUGGCUCGGAGCGCUCCACCGUGGGACUCGGCCGUCAGCACACGGCACUGAGCUCACGCCAAACUCAGCCAUCCGCACACAGCACCGGUUGCAAAGCUAAUGCCAAACAUGUGGACGUCUGGCAGUGCCCACUGGGCUGUCUGAGCUGCCACAGGUGAGGCUAAGCGGGACCUGGAAGUGGGAGCCCCUGCACCAAUCUGGGCGGAGCUGCAAACUCAGGUCCACACCGCCUUCCCCAGAGCCAGACUCAUGACGCCUCUCUUGAGGUUAAAUACUUUUUUUUUCACAUAAUGCAUGUGUGUGUGCACACGGGUGUGCUUGUGUGUGCCUGCCUGUGUCUGCGUGUAUCUGUAUGUAUAUGCACGUGUGUGCCUGUGUCUGUGCACACGUGUGUGUGCCUGCUUAUACGUGCCUGUGUGUACAUGGGUGUGCCUGUGUGUGUGUCUGCAUCUAUCUAUGUGUAUGUGUGUGUGCAACAUGUGUCUGUGUACACAUGUACAUCAGCCUGCUUGUGCCUGUGUGUCUGCUUGUGUGUGUGCAUGCCUGAGUGUGUGUGGUGCCUGUGUGUGUACUUGUGUGUGCCCCUGCCUGUGUCUGUGUGCACGUGUGUGCCUGUGUGUGCACGCCUGUGUCUGUGUGCAUGUGUGUGCCUGUGUGUGCACGCCUGUGUGUGGUGCCUCUGUGUGCACGUGUGUGUGCACGUGUGUGCCUCUGCCUGUGUCUGUGUGCACGUGUGUGCCUGUGUGUGCACGCCUGUGUGUGGUGCCUGUGUGUGCACAUGUGUGUGUGCCUCUGCCUGUGUCUGUGUGUACGUGUGUGCCUGUGUGUGCACACCUGAAUGUGUGUGGUGCCUCUGUGUGCACGUGUGUGUGCCUGUGUGCACACAAGAGCACAAUCAUCACAGAUGCCGUAGCCCUGAUCCGGGGAGCGUGUCAGAAGCCGGCGACUUAGAAACGCCAGCAGCUGUGCCACCGCCCCACAUUCCAAGUGAGCGCAGCACUGUGUUCCGAGGAGUCUGGGAGGCAGCCCUGUGCUCCGGCCACUGGGACAGCCCUGGGGCUCCGUCCACUGGGACAGCCCUGUGCUCUGGGAUCGCACUGGACAUCCCUGGUGCUCCAUCCACUGGGACAGCCCUGGUGUUCUGGGAUCAAUGCUGGGACAGCCCUGGUGCUCCGUCCACUGGGACAGCCCUGGUGCUCCAUCCACUGGGACAGCCCUGGUGCUCCGUCCACUGGGACAGCCCUGGUGCUCCGUCCACUGGGACAGCCCUGUGCUCUGUCCACUGGGACAGCCCUGGUGCUCCGUCCACUGGGACAGCCCUGUGCUCUGUCCACUGGGACAGCCCUGGUGCUCCGUCUACUGGGACAGCCCUGGUGCUCUGGGAUCGCACUGGACAGCCCUGGUGCUCUGUCUGCUGGGACAGCCCUGGUGCCUCCAUCCACUGGGACAGCCCUGGGGCUCUGUCCGCUGGGACAGCCCUGUGCUCUGUCCACUGGGACAGCCCUGGUGCUCCGUCUGCUGGGACAGCCCUGUGCUCUGUCCACUGGGACAGCCCUGGUGUUCUGGGAUCAAUGCUGGGAUAGCCCUGUGCUCUGUCCACUGGGACAGCCCUGGGGCUCCGUCCGCUGGGACAGCCCUGAGCGUUCACCUGUGGGGCAGAAAGUCACUGGCCCAAGGAGGAACUUAGGAGACUCCUGCCGCCAGGGUCCUCAGAGCCCUUGUAGGUGGUGGAACAGAGGCCGCCCUGGGCUGGCAAGUUUGGAGGGUGCUCCAGGCCACCCCAUCCGACACCCCAACCUGGGCGGAGGCCCUUCAUCACAACACCUUCCCAGGCGAGUCUGCGACCAGGCCAGUCAUGGGCUGCAGCUGGACCCAGGCACAGGGGUGCCCUGGGCAGAGACGGGCCGGGGCCUGACCAGUGCUGGUGGGGAAGGGAGGGGACUGUGAACCAGGUCCCACCGUGGAGCAGGCACGCCGCGCCCCGGCACUGCAGGGCUUGUUUUGCUGGUCAGCCUACAGCCACCCACUGUAACUAGCUCCAACACCGGCCCAUGGCGAAAGGCACAGCGGCCAUGCCAGCCCCAGCCACCGAGCGUGUCCCAAGUGUCCGAGUGUGUCCCACACUCCCCGUCUCAGCUCCGAUCGCAAGGAGACUUCGUCGCUGGACCUGUUUCACAGGUGCAGCCACUGAGGUUCAGAGCACGCAGGACAGGGAACGGCAUCACGAGGAGUUGCACACCAGGCCCAGGGGACCCAGCAACGUGGUGGUGGCCGCCGGCAACAGCCAAUGCCUGCUCAGGGAUCGCCAAGAAAGGCCACGGGACGCUGCAGUGACGGCAAACAGUGGCUUCCGGGGCACGCGGUCUGCGGACGUGGUGCUCAGGAACCCGCACUUCUAACCGACACCUCGGGUGGCGCAUUCCCAAGCUUGCGCCUGCAGGGCCAGCUGGAGGCAGGGGCAGUGGCUGGGCCCCACCCAGACUGACUGGACAGGCUGCCGCGGCCCGAGAGCGCACAUCUCCGGCCAGUUCCCGGGUGGACGGUCCCCAGACCACGCGUGUGAGUGUCCACAUUUGCAAACUGACCGCAGAGCAGAAAGUGAUGGCCAAGGCCGGCCACGCGCACUGCCCCAGCACAGGGGCCCAAGACAUCUUUGCAAGGAGGACCGCAGCCCACUCCCUCCCCUCGGCGCUGGGAAUUCACGUGCAGCUCAGGGGCCGGGCAGGGGAGACCGGAGCACGGAGCACGGAGCCCCUGCAGGCCCACAGCUCCACCGCCCGGCCCCGAUGACACGCCAAGGCCUCCAUCCGGUUGUGCAGCUCCGGGAGCUUCCAUGGGAGCUGUUGGUGCGACUGAUAAACCGUGGGUGCUGAUUUAUCACUGAACAAGGAGGUGUCUCGGAGUGGGAACAGAGCGAAAGCAGCAGUCGGCGGCAGGUGCAGAGGUGACGGCCUAAAGGGACAGGGCUCCGAGGUCACCCCGGGGGCUGCAGCCUCGCUGGCCUCGGCGUCUCACAAACCAAGAGCCGGGCACACGCGUUUUGUGACCCUGUUUCUGAAAGCCCGCGUGGCUUUGUUCCCAGUGGAAAGGGACAAUGCGUGGUCGGGGCGGGAGGGGGAGUGUGCGCACUGAGUGGCAUCGCACGGGCACCUCACGCCUUUUCCCCUGUUAAAAGGCGAACGCCUCAGACCGGUUACUUUUAGAGCAGCUUGAGCAAAACCGGACCAACUGUGCACCGGCAGCUCCGAACCAGAGCAGGUCCUGGGGAUACCAGGAUGGGCUCAGACGGCGUUUACAGCGAGGCCGAGGCGACUCAGGGACAACAGGCUGAUGGGCCACAGCCCAGCCAACAGCCAGCCCUCUGGCUGCAGCUCAGCCAUUUAAUUAACUGAUCACUCAAGUGGCUGCAGGGCCCUCUCCCUCCAGCCACAGCUCAGCGACUGUGAUUAAACUCUGCAUCGGUCUCAGCUGUGGGCCCAGGCCAAAUCCACGGCUUGGCUAACACGGUUAAGUAGCCCCAGGCAGCCCCUCCCCGCCCCGCGGUGCUCUGCAGCCGUAGCCGCUGCACGGCACUGCCGGCCUCCACUGGAGCCCCAGAUGCCUGCCUCCCCUGCUGUCCAGGGCCCCUGGCCACUCGCCACCCCGUCCAGCCAGAGCCCCUCCUAGCCAAGCUGUGCUGUGACUUAGGUCCUCACAGCCCAGGGCCACCCCCGGGCAGCGUCCCCACGCUCACUCCUCCCUGCGGGCGCCUCUGGGUAAGCUCUCCCCGUGGGAGAGGCCUCUGCAGCCUUGUGUUCGCGGUCAGCGCUUGGGUCAAUUCCUGUCUGUCUGCCCUUGACCUCCAGCCGGAGUCAGGUCUCUGUGCUGUGCGGGUGCCGGCUGCUCCUCUCGUCAGCCGCGGGCCCUGCAUCAGCACUGCCUGUCUCUCUCGGAGGGGGGCACUCCAAGGCCUAGGCCUGGGCCGGAACCGACUGCGGCCUGAGCUCCAGAGCGGAAAACGACGUUCGGUUUCCGUCCUCAAGAACCAGCACUCAGCUCCCUCCCACUGACCCCACUCCCUCCCUGGCCCAGGACCCCUGGGCUGACUCACGGCACUGGGCAGUGGCAGCAGCCGUCCUCACAGGGGCUGCAGACAAGAGUGGUGGCAGCAGGCUGCAGCUUGACCUCCCGCGUCCACGGCACCCGGCCCGGCCCACGCGCACUCCCACACAGGGCUCCGCAGGCCUGGGGGUUGCCGGGGCAACGCCGUGGCGUCCAGGUGCGUGGUGUCAACGUUCUAAUACCUUUUCUCCAGGUUGCAGCUGCGUGGUUGGGUUUGACUCGCUUAUUAAAGGCAAAGAUCUGUCUGUACCAGGCGAUACAGGACCCUGGGGUGGGGGGGACUGGAGACACCAACUGGAAGGCACUGCUGUCAGAGUUCAAAGGUCAACAAGGCCAUUCUUAAAGGGCUGGAGUAAACAGUCUCAGCUUGAGGCCUGUGGGGUCUGUGGCAGGUCCUGGCUUUUGUGCAAGGGAAGCCUGGUUGUGUCCCAGGAAACCUUUAUCUACAAACUACAGUGAGCCAGGAGUGGCCAAUACUCACCUGUGCGGAGCUUACCGGAUCCGAACAUGUCGCACGUGGGUGCCGGUUCUGUGUUCUUGUACUGAAGCAGUCAAUGCAACACCAUCGCAAUUAUGUCCACCAAAUAAAAGCAUCCGGUUUUGGGGGACCGGCCGUGAGCGUCUGCUGUGUUUGCUGAGUGAGCUUUGGCAUGGUUGAUGUAAGAAACCAGGCCCAGCACCUGUCCACACUUCUGCCUGCCCGGCCGCCGCUGUUGACACAACGUCUGUUUCUGUGUGCUCCGCGAGCCUGACCCACCCCAUCCCUGGCCCCGGACCCCGGG